UCUCUCUCUGCCUCCAUUUUUCUCUGAUUGUGAACGUCGUUUUGCGAGUCUCCCCGAGUUCGUGGCCGUGGUGAUGGCGGUGAUGGUGGUGAUCGUGGUGCAUCGCGGCUCGGGAUCCAGUGGCGCUGUCAAUCUCAUGGCGGCCUAGGACGUUCGUUAUGGGACUCGAGGAGGAAGGAGCGAGAAACGCGCUCUCCAGUCUCCACGAUCCUUCCUUCGUACUAGUUCCUUCGUUCGAGUUGUUCUGCACCACCAUCGCUAGCUAACUGGCUAGUGGCUAGCUAGCGCUAGCCCCCCCCUACUUCUAGCUGGAGAGCAACUCUAUUCUUGCACCAAUUCCACUUGGGCCCGUGAUAGUCGUCCGCAAGUUGUGCUUCGUCAAAUGAGAGGAUGGAAAUUGGAAGUUGGAAGUAGGCUGGAGGAGGAAGAAGAAAGAAUACGAGCGAAAGAGAGAGAGAUAAACAGUCAGUGGAAUGAAAAUAGCUAGCUCGUCGUCGUCCAGUGUGUGUUGAGUCGAGGCCGUGUUUGGAGGGGAAGACAGAGCCGAGAAGUGCCCGUUUACACCAGCAUGUUGUAGGGAUUUUCCAAACUGAUGGAAACGAUGUGUGAAUGCAAUCAUCAAGUCUUGACACCCCUUCACCGAGCAGAGGAGGAGGAGAUCAGGGCCACAGUGGCCCGGCCAUCACGGCUUCAUUUUUUGGCCAGCAUCUGACGUGCCAUUCUGUGAGUGUGGAUUGCGAGUUGGGCUCGUUUCCCUCCCGGCUUCAAGGGCCCUAAUGAAUCACAUAUGCAAGUCGUUAUGUUUCCAUUGUGAACAAGUCUGUGAAUGCGAAGAAUGCCUUUCCGAAAAGUGUCUGAAAUCCAAGUGAGGAGGUUCACAAUUUGAUUAACGGCCCACGGUAAUCGCUCCAUGAAAUACGAUCGGAGCAGAGUGUUGCGGUACUUCAUACCCACCUACAGUUUUCUUCUGGAUUCAAGAUGAAGCUAGGCCAGUGGUCGGAAAAGCUAUAAUAAAAUUACAUCCAGUGAGCUGCUGCAUGCACCCUCUCUCAGUCCCUCCUGAGGCUUGUGUGCCAGGCUAACACCUCUAUAAAUAUAAAUAUUCAUGGUGGUCCGGGUGGUACUCCGGAGGCCCUCCCUGGGUGAGCGAUUUGCUAGAGAUUCAUUCGAGUUGUGACUAGUGAGUGAUACUCGUUCAGGCACAAUCUGGAUGGUAAAGAAGUACAAAAGAAGACGAAGAGGAAGAAAAAGGAACUUCCCCGAAGAAUGAGUAUCAUGUCUGUCUGCCUUUUAAGGUAGCGAGCCAGCGAGCUGGUAUUUGAGGUGUGAAGGAACCGACACCUCGGUGGCUUGUCAUUUAAGCAGGAAGACUGCCUGCUAUUUGGAGUGUGAGAAAGUGUUCAAACGCGGCGCAAUGUGGCGAACCAACGGAAACGCCAAUAAUCACCAACAUGACUCGGAGUCGUUGGUGAUUCGAGUCCCGAAUGAGCCAAAGAAGAAGCCUCUCAUCGUGCCCAAGAUCCCGAUCGACCUCACGGAUCUCACCGACCGCGGCGAGUCCAACAGUGUGCGGAACAGUGCCCGAAGUUCUUUAGUCAUAUCCACUCCGCAGACCCCUUACACCAUGCCCACGGGAGACGGGAGUUGGGACCUCCGGAUCCUGGUCACUGACCUCCAAGUGGAACGCACCAUUCGAGUCAACGGCAACCUUCACAUUGGUGGCGUCAUGAUCAAGGUGGUCGAUGAAUUGGAUAUCGCCAUGGAUUGGUCGGAUCACGCCAUCUGGUGGCCGGAGAAGAACUUGUGGUUGGACAAGACUCGGCUCACUUUGGACCAGUAUAAUUUGACGGCAGAUGCCAUCAUUCAUUUCACACCCAUGCACAAAAUGGUUCGAAUUCAAUUGCCGGAUCUGCGAUACAUCGAUUGCAAUGUGGAUUUCUCUAUCCGGACCUUCAACGCUGUCAUCGAUAUCUGCACUGAACUAGAGCAUCUCAAAUUCAAUUAUGGCGAGUACCGAAUUCAGGAGGAGAAAAAGCGGCGGAUCACUUUGGGGUCCAUGCCCUCGAACUCUCAUCACAUGCUGCACCAUCAAUCGGCUCUGGAUAUCUCGCUACCCAUUGUCGACCGAGCCGACACGAACACAUUCGUGCCCAAUAGUGGAACCUUGGGUCGGAAGAUCUCCUCCAAUAGUUGGACCAAUUCCCCCGCUCGAUUCCGCUCCUUGGGUCGAAAUGGAACCUUAGACGCCCAUCGGCGACGGAGCGAGCACAAUGCUCCACUCAUCAAUGGGACUUUGAGGGGCAAUGGAAGCCUGUCACCAUACUCAAAUGGCAAUGGUCAUUUAUCCACUACUAGUCUAGCCCCAGGAUUCCCAGGAUCCGGAAGUGAAUGGUCUUUGGCCAUGAGCCCACCCCCGUCGGAAGAGGCCAAGUACAGCAUUGUCAGACCCAAGAACUUGGCCGAGAGAGCCAGGCUCAACGUUGGAUGGCUGGAUUCUUCACUGUCGUUGAUGGAGCAAGGCAUCCGAGAUUUUGACACGCUCCUACUCCGUUUCAAAUUCUAUUCAUUCUACAAUUUGAACACAAAAACUGACCCUGUCCGCAUUAAUCUAAUCUAUGAGCAAGCCAAAUGGCAAAUCCUCAAUGAAGGCAUCGAUUGCACCGAGGAGGAGAUGAUGCUUUUUGCCUCUCUCCAACUCCAAGUUGGAUUACAAGCCAACGUACCGCAGCCCAAUGAGGAUGAAGAAAACGAGGAUGACAUUGAUGCCGCUCUCACUGAUUUACAAAUAUCCUUGGAAGGUGGAAGUAUCAAUUCCAACGGAGUGGAUAUCAUGACCGUGCCUAGUUUAAACGACACGCUUCGUUACUUACGACCCAAGCGUUUCACUCUCAAAGGCUACAAAAGAUGUCAUUUCCAGUUGAGAGACCUUCAGCUGAGCGCUUUUAAAUCAAAGGAGGACAGCAUGGACUACACACAGGGACCGAGUUUUACUGUGAAUUUAAAAGGUUGCGAGAUCAGUCCGGAAGUCAAUAUUGCGCAAGGACGCUACGGGAUCCGUCUUUCCAUCCCGUCCCAAGAUGGCAUGUCAGAUUUGUGGCUGAAAUGUGACUCUGAAGGUCAAUACUCCAGGUGGAUGGCUGCUUGUCGAUUGGCUGCCAAGGGACGAACGAUGGCAGAUAGCACAUAUGAUUCUGAAGUCAAAGCAAUCCAAGCGUUUCUCUCCAUGCAACAUCCUGCUAAUGCUCCCGUGAUCAACCCAUCUACUCUAGAUAUCAAUGUGGAAGAAUAUGUGGCACCUAGGUUUCUCCGCAAACAAAAAUCCAGGUUGCGGAACAAGAUCCUGGAGGCACACACCAACGUGAAAGAAUUGAAUUUGGUUGAAGCCAAGAUGAACUUCAUCAAAGCGUGGCAAUCUUUGCCCGAUUAUGGCGUAUCCCUAUUUGUUGCCCGUUUCCACGGCGAAAAGAAGAAUGAGCUUCUUGGUGUUGCUUGUAAUCGGCUAAUGCGGAUGAAUUUGCACACUGGCGAUCACAUCAAAACCUGGCGCUACAAUACCAUAAAGGCUUGGAAUGUGAAUUGGGAGACGAAGCAUAUGAUGAUCCAAUUGGGUGAUGGAAAGAACAUGAUUUUUAAGUCGCUCUCGGCGGAUUGCAAAGUUGUGCAUGAAUUCAUUGGUGGCUAUAUCUUUCUCUCCAUGCGGAACAAAGAUGCCAAUCAGCAAUUGGACGAGGAGCUCUUCCAUAAAUUAACUGGUGGUUGGUACUGAGCAACCAAUGCACAUUCAUUAUGUAGGAAUAUGUGUACGAUAUGUAAUGGCUUGCGUAUCCAAACUGAUUUCAAUCGUCGAAAGGCUCGUGAUCUCUUCUAUUCUUGUUACUCUUUGUCUCCAUUUGCUUUUUUCAAAUAUGAAAUAGAGAAUAAACAGCUCUUGUUCUGUUA